AUGGCUGCGAUCACUGAGAGUGUGGAUUCUGGUGUUGGUGAGGGAAUUGAGAAUAGCUUGGUGAAACCGGAGGAGUCUGAUCAAGUGAAGAAACUGAAUCCUGAAGCUAAGGAGUUUAUCCCUUCUUACAAGAAGAAGAACAAUAACCAAAUUCUACAAAAAGAUGGCAGCAGGAGAAGAAACGAUUAUAAUAACCAAGGGAGGAAAGUUAGGUUAGGUGGAAGAGCUUCCAAGGCUCAAAGAGAUGAUAGUAUUAGAAGAACAGUCUAUGUCUCUGACAUUGAUCAGACUGUGACUGAGGAAGUCUUAGCUGGAUUGUUCAGCAGCUAUGGACAAGUUGUUGAUUGUCGUAUCUGUGGAGAUCCAAAUUCAGUUCUUCGCUUUGCGUUUGUUGAGUUCUCUGAUGACCAAGGUGCAAGGGCUGCUUUGAGUGUCGGUGGGACAGUGAUAGGUUAUCACCCAGUUAGAGUAUUGCCUUCCAAGACUGCUAUUCUUCCAGUGAAUCCCACAUUUCUCCCCAGGUCAGAAGAUGAGAGGGAGAAGUGUACAAGGACCAUCUACUGCACUAAUGUCGACAAGAAUGCCACUGAAGAUGAUGUCAGAAUCUUCUUUGAGUCUGCCUGCGGUGAGGUUACUCGCAUAAGGCUUCUUGGUGACCAGUUGCAUUCUACUCGUAUUGCUUUUGUUGAAUUUGCCAUUGCAGAGAGUGCAGUUGCGGCGCUGAACUGCAGCGGAGUAGUCUUAGGAUCUCAGCCGAUAAGGGUAAGUCCUUCAAAGACACCAGUGAGAUCACGAUUCACUCGAUCACCAUCGACAAACUAGGAGAGAAACAGAACCGAAGAGGCUUUGUUGAUGAAGGAGAGUGAUGCAAACACUUCGUUUUUAAUUUGGCAUUUUAAUUAUUUUCUAGAUAUCUCCCAGUUCGGUAGUAUGUGGAGACAGAACCAACCAAACAAUCAACAUACUUUCUGAGUUCUUGUUCUGAUACUCAUUCGAGUAUUUAUACCUUCUUUCUCAAAAUGGAAGAUUAUUAGUUUCUUUUU